UUUCCCUCUCGAAGUCGAACGUCACUCACGAAAUGCCCGACAAAAUGCCAAAGAGAAAUCCGAGACUCGCUAAGGCCACCAAUACCCACCCACCCACCACCCCUCUCCGUCGAUCCCCAAGACUCAAUCCUCCACAGUGCCAAGGUUGUACCACAGACAAGCCCAGACCCAGAAACAAAACAGUUAGGUCCCCGGAUUCUCGUACCAGCUUCACGAGAGACUCUUCUGUGAGGAAAACCCACGGAGAUUGCCAGCAAAGGAGGCAGAGUGAUUCAAGCAAAUCAAAAGAUGGGUCGGGAGAUCGCCUGAUUUUGACUACUGGGUUGAGAAGGUCCCCAAGAUUGAGCCUUGGGGCAGGUGGUUUCUCGAGUCUUAGGCGAUCUCCAAGGUUUUCCAAUCAGCCAAAAAGUUGUGAAUUUGUUGAUACGAACAGAAAUUUUACGUCUAAGCAGGUCAGUGAUAGCAAGAAAUCAAAGAAAAUUUUCAAAUGUGUUUUAGAUAAAUCUAUGGAUAGUGGAGUUGCGGCAGAUGGAGUGACAGGGAGAGUGGAUGGGGAUGUCUUGGGAAAAAAUGGAAGGGUCUGUGUUGUUGGUCUCAUGGCCAAUAGAUCUGAAAAGGGGACUGACAUUUGUGAAAGAAAUGGAGAUGUUGGGUUAAGUAUGAAGAGAAAGCGAGGAGAGGAAGGCAAUGGUACUUCCCAAGGGUGGACAAAGGAGCAAGAAUCGGCAUUGCAGACAGCUUAUUUUUUGGCAAAGCCUACACCGCAUUUUUGGAAGAAGGUUUCUAGAUUGGUACCUGGAAAGUCUGCGCAGGAUUGCUUUGAUAAGGUCCAUUCUGACCACAUCACUCCUCCACAACCUUUACCUCGAUCAAGGGCAAAUAAGAUGAACUCAUCAUCCAUUGGAAAAUUUGCUCUCUCUGCUAGCAAAUUGAUUAAUCUCAACAGGCAGAAGAUUAGAAAGCCGGGUUGCAAUAAACAGAAGAAUCGUCUUGUGCAGAAAACUGUCAGACAGUUGUUACAGAAGCAUUCUCAAGUUAGCGAAGAUAAUGGAGCUGAUCUAUUCUCAGUCUUGGAACCAAACAUGACCUCCUCUGCUCAAUCUCUGCAGCUGAAUGCUAUCCUGUCCACUCCGAAGCGUUUUAUAGGACAAGAAGAAUUUCUACAGAAGUGCAAUGAGGGAUCCACUUCUGACCAGAAGAAGCCCCUUUCAAGAUUAAGUAAUGUAUGCCGGGUGGAUCUUGUGAGUCCGCCAGUGUUGAAGCAGGUGAAAAAUAAGGCAGUUCACGAGAAAUACAUUGACCAAUUACACAGAAGAGAAGCUAAGAGAAAGGCAGCUUCUGGAUUUCCAAAAUACCGCCUUUCUGCGAAAGAGAAUAGGCGGGGAGUCAAUGUUCAGAAAACAGAUAUAAUCAAAGCAGCAAAAGAUGCAUUGGCUACUGAAGCAAGAGAUGUUGUUAAUCAGCUCCAUCAGCAACAGGAUAAUGCCUUGAGUGACUGUUCUAAUUUUGAUGAUGAUGGUUUCGACAGCAAUGGCGAUGAAGAUGAAACUGAGCUAUAGCAAUGCAUAAAUUUCAUCGAAAUGAUUUUUUUUCUUCUACAUAUUAUGCUCAGAGCAGCAUUAUGUAAUUGCUAAGCGGUUGAUCUUGUCCUCGAGCAUAUGUUUUUCCAGGAAGACUUGUACACUAAUAAAUCCUUCAUCUGUUAGUUGAAACUCCAAAUUAAUUGAUCACUAAAUUAAUCGUCGAGAUUUUUGUGCA